AUGGCAAAGCGAGACUACUUGUUGGAGGCAGCUAAGCAGAUCCGCAUGGCUCUGGACCGAGAGGUCAACGAAGACUACGAGGCAGCCUUCAGCUACUACAAGAAUGGGGUGGAUCUCCUGCUGAACGGCAGUCGAAAGGUUGCGAGGGCUGCAAAUGCUUUUUUAUUUCUAUUUGUAUGCUUCUGUCGCAACUCAGGUCUUGAUCUGUCUCAACUGUCUUUUCCAGUGGACCCCAAUAAGGAUCGCAGAGAGGCUGUUAAACGAAAGACAACCCAGUAUCUGAAGAGAGCCGAAGAAAUUUUCAUAUCCCACCUACAGGAUAACCUGGGGAAGGGCAGCUCUCACUUGGGGGGGUACAGCAGCCUGCGAUUCCGCCCCAUCAGACACCUGAGCUCCCCGGUGGAAGACCUGGACAUGUGUAAGGUGGUGGGAGUGGUGGACAAGGUCAUGGUUGUCCAAAGUAUGGUCAAUAAGGAGACAUUUGUUGUUAAGAGCCUGGUGAAGUCCAGCUGGGAGAGCAGGGACCAGCCCACCAUCAUACCCCAGGGGGUGCCCUACAUGGUGAAGCUGCUGCGCUACUACGUCAGCGAAGACGCCGUGUACCUGCACCUGGAACACCUUCAAGGGGGACGUCUCUUCUCCAAGUUACACAAAGUGAAGAGCGAAAGGGCCAAAGAGCACCCAGAAUGCUUCAGCACCGGCCAGAACCGGAUCAAGAUGAAGAACAGCUACACGUCUCCCUCGAUCUGCAUGGAGAACCAGCAGAACGCCAUCGAUGGCCCACACCUGGGAGCCCGUGACGAGGGCCCCGUCUCACCCCCUACCUCCUGGGACGAGACUCUGCAGCGGCUGGACGCCUGCGGCACCCACUCCUACAUCGAGGAGACGGGCUGCCUGCAGAACCGCCGUUCCUCCCGCGCCUCGCUCCUCUCCCGACCGGAGCGCCCCUCUUCGCUCUCGGGUCCGGCCAAGACCCCGACCAAGCCCCACGUACACCCGCCGGCCCCCAGUCUGUGCUUGCACCCCCUGAAACCGCAGGAAAGGCCCGCGCUGCCUCUGGCGUGCGCUCGCGUCAACCACACCCUGGACGUCAUGGCGGACCCGCGAGGGAAGACCACCGGCAUGGGGCUCAUCGAGUGCAGCUCCGACUUCGAGUUGGCCUGGAACUCCGCGGAUCCCGCUCGCGGCGUGGAGGGCCCCAACCCGUACGCGGCAGCGGACACUCCUUUCGACUGUGGGACUAUCGGACCAACUGCCCCGCUGACCUCUCCUGCCAUUUUACACCUCGCUCCGCAUUGCCAAACCCAGAUCCCCGGCACGGCAUCCUGGGUAGCCAAUGGCUUCCACCCGGGCCCCGCCCCUGGGGGGCUGACCCCGGAGGAUACUGAGUGCUCGCUGCUGGCUGUCCCGGCGCAGCGGAGGGGAGCGGUGGAGCCGGAGAGCCGGAGCCCGACCACGGAGGAACGGACCGCCAUGGUGGAGGUCAAAAGCACGGACAGAGCGGUGUUCUCCGAGUACACCGACGCAGUGAAGCCCUCCGCCUCCCCGCUCGCCCAGGGUACCACCGGGAAGCAGGGUCCGGGGGCCCCCAUGGCCCUCACUGGGGUGAAAACCCAGGAGCUUGUUGAGGAAGCCUGGGAGCUGGUCAGUCCGGGCGGGAAGGAUGGACCCCCGAAGGCGGGAUCCGUGUUCGGCGCUCCCUGGACGGUGACCCAGAGUCGGAGAGGAGACAUGGACGCUUUCCUGAAAUCGGAGGGAUCCGAAGGGCAGGGGGAAGACCAGGGCAUUGAGGUGGACGGCUGGUGCCACCUACCCCGGUUCCCCCAAGAGUCUUCCAAGGCCAAAGAAACGGCGGUUCAAGUGUUCUGGGGGCUUCCCGAGAAGGAGGUCCGUGUGUGGGGUGCGCAGAUCCUGCUCGCUCUGGAGAGUUUGCACCAGCAAGGCAUCCUGUGUAGGGACCUAAACCCCAGAAACGUCCUCCUUACCAGCAAUGGAAAAGUGUCGCUUUCCUUCUUCGGCCAGUGGAGUGAGGUUCAGUCAGAGAUCAGCUCCCAGGCAGUGGAGCAGAUGUACUGCGCUCCAGAAAUUGGAGGGGUGUCAAAGAUAACGGAAGCGUGUGACUGGUGGAGUUUAGGGGCGUUGCUGUUUGAACUACUGACCGGAAUGCCACUGUGGCAGUUGCACCCAGCCGGAAUAUACUCACACACCCAGCUGCUGAUUCCAGACCACCUGAGCACCGCAGCUGCCUCCCUCCUCACUGAGUUACUCCAGUUUGAUGCUGGCUAUCGGUUAGGUUCUGGAGGCGGCGGUGUGAGUGACAUCAAGUGCCAUCCCUUCUUCAGCGGUGUUUCCUGGAAGGCCCUCGGCUGCUAGCACCACUUCGGAUCCGUACGACCGUCUCCUCCAGAGCAUGUCCUGCACUCUGCCGCCUUCAUGUGGCCAAACUGGAUGCAAACUCUUGUUUGGUUAUAUUUUUGUGCUUCCCAGUGAAUCAUAGCGACACCAUCACAGCUAAAUGGAGCAGCAAAUUAUUCGACAUUUCUAUAUAUGAAGGAGACAUUUGCCUCUUGACGUAGAAAAAUUAAUUGUGUUGCAUUUUUACACCGACGUGAUACUUAUAUACGUGCAUAUCCACGCAACUAUUUUAUCAACACGCAUGAACAAUGAUGCAUCUUAUAAAAUAUUGACCGUGAAGACUUUCGACCAUGUCAAUCACAAAGGUACUUGUCAGACAAGGGCAUUAGGCAAUAAAAAAUACCUCAUUUGUGUCAUUUUAAUAUGGGUACAGCUGACUUUAUAUGCAAGCAAAUGGUUUCAAGGUCCUGAAAGAAUAUAUUUUAGGUAGAAAAAUAAG